AAACAUGAAGAAGAGGGUGGCGCUCAGUGCCCUUCACAUACCAAAAAGGAAAACAACAGUCGGUCAGAGUGGAAACAACACUCCGGUUCUGCAGAACUGUCAUUACGUCCUUUAACAAACAGUCGUUAUCUGCAAACAAAACAGACCAACUAACGGGACGCCAAUAGAGGCAGUCCGACACCGUGAGGGGCCACCGAGGUAAAACAAAUCAGAGGACAGAAACAGGGAGAGUCACGCCGGGUUCACACCGGACGAGGAAGCGCCGGGCCGGUCAGCCAGCGAUUCUGCUUUCUCCGGUUGUUGUUUGGAUGGGCAGAUGGGGAAAUUUAAUAAUGUGAGGGGAAAAAUCGGGGAAAUUGAAACUCCAGGACAACAGAAGGGGAAUCCAAAGUGAAGCAUGCUUACUGCGGUCAGAGCCACAAGAUGUUCUCUCAGUUACCUCAGGGGGUUUUCUACCUCUGCAAUGGAUGCCAUGUCAGGAGAAAGGCUCAGAAGAGUUCUGGAUAGUUCCAUAAACUGCAGUUUGCAUUAGCAGAAAAGAUUAUUGUUAUAUUAUAUGUCAUUAUAAUGCAUUCACAACACAAGGUUAAACCUAAACCUAGACUGUUCAUAUUUAUAGUCUAAACUGAAUUCCUGUUAAUAGCUGUCCCUUGAGCCCUCACUGGCUCCUUUAUCAACUUGACCCACUCACCUUUUCAAACAUUAACCACAAUCCAACUUUACUUAAACAUUAAGCUUAGUGAUACCAGCAGGAUUAGUUCAGAGCCACUGCAUUUACCAGUUCCAUCUGGAUGGAAGGCGUUUUCUUGCAAAACGGGAAAAACCAGGGCAUCCAGACAUCCAGCAUUAGUCUGAGAUACAUGCAGGCGAAUGUGGUCAUCCUGCCCAAUCAUCUGGCCGAUGACUUUGAAGCCUUCUGUCACAGUAAUCCCGCCUCCUUGCCUCUUCUUUAUCGCAGCCAAUCAGGAGAGACUUCCUGUCCGCCUCUAGCUAGACAUGCCGACAUAAGGACAGAUAUGUCUAAGUACCGUGUGUAUGAGAAGGGCCAACUCGUGAAAACAGUCUCCAGUCUGCAGAGCUACACCGAUCAAGCAAGGAAUGCAUCAGAACAGCAGGAUGUGCAUCAUAGCCAUCAGUGGUCAGACAUGGUGUGUUUCUAUCUGGGCUGCAGCUUUGGCUUUGAGGGCAGACUGAAGACAGCAGGAGUCCCAAUUAGGAACGUGGAGCAGGGCAGAAACGUCAGCAUGUACAGGACUGCAGUUCCCUGUAUUCCUGCUGGAGUGUUCAGCUGCCCUGUAGUUGUCAGUAUGCGUCCUGUUCCGGCUGCAAAGCUGGAUGCAGCAGUGGAGGUUUCUCAUCUCAGCCCACUAGCACAUGGAGCACCUGUACACAUAGGAGAUCCAGCUCUCCUAGGCAUACAGGACCUGUGCAGACCAGACUAUGGGGACCGACUCGAGCUGCAGCCUGGUGAUGUCCCUGUCUUCUGGGCCUGCGGAGUGACUGCUAUAGAGGCAAUACUCAGCAGCAAGCCUUCGCUGGCAUUCAGUCACUCACCAGGCUCUAUGUUCCUGACCGACAUUCUGGACUCCCCUUCUUCCACCAUAGCCCCUCCCUCUGACAGCAGGAACACUCCAUCCACCAAACCCAACCCUGAGCUGAUCCCCCUCUGCAUCCUGGUAUCCCACAAGCCCUUGCUGUACAGCCUGGCAUCUCAGAGGGCAGUGUCAAGGAUCAGAGAGCUGGAGAGGAUUAUUGGAGAGGACCCAGGUCAACGGGGGAUCCAAGUUUUAUGCACUCAGGAUGAACUUUUGCGCUCCAGUCUGGCUCUCUCCCACUCUUUCUCUGUUGCCAUAACAACCGGCUUCCCUACACACUACAUGCACAGCCCUCCUGAUGAGACAGAUGGGCCACCUGGAGCUAUUGCCAUGGCAACCAUGCUGUUGUCUCUAGGGAAACAGGUGACGAUGGUAACAGACAGGAGAGCCCUGGAGAUGAACCAGGCCAUUAUUGAUGAAGCUGUGAAAACAGGUGUGCUGAAAACUGCAAUCCCAUUGGUCACUUUUGAAGACUGUGGACCAGACGCCGCACUGCACUUCCUGUGUCACCAUGGAGACCCCAGCAAGCCCAGGUAUGACCACCUUGUGGCGAUAGAGCGCAGUGGAAGGGCUGAAGAUGGAAAUUACUACAACAUGAGAGGUGUAAACAUCAAACAUUUGUUGGAUCCUAUUGAUGACCUGUUUAUUGCUGCCAAAGAUAUACCUGGAAUUAUCACUACAGGUAUUGGAGAUGGUGGUAAUGAGCUGGGCAUGGGUAAACUGAAGGAGAAGGUGAAGAACCUGAUGCCCAAUGGGAGUCUCAUAGCCUGUGAUGUUCCUGCUGAUUACGCCAUCACUGCUGGGGUGUCUAACUGGGGGGGCUAUGCUGUGGCCUGUGGGCUCUACCUGCUCCACACUUGCCCUUCACACCAGCGUUACCUAAAAAAAGGUCUUGGAGAGGAAGCCCCACCCCCCCAAGAGCAGCUGCAGGACUGGAUUGCUAACCUGCCGUCUGUGGACAAGGAAGAGUCUUUCCUCUCCACGCUGGUGCGGUUUGGAAUAAGAAGUGGGAAAACUGGUAACCUGGCCAUGGAGGUGGAUGGUUUGACCUUUCACCCCACACACUCUGACUUAAUCACCAGACUACUGGAGGUCACACGAGGCUCCACCUCUCAAAACCCCUGAUCUGCUACUCCUGUGUAUUACCAGGAGUCUUUUUAAAAGAGGCACUGUUCUCAAAAGUGAAUGAUCUGUCUUUGUAUGUUGAGUAUCAAAAUAACUGAGAUAUUUUAAGAGAAAAUAACACUUUAUAAUCGAAAUACUCUUCUGAAAUUUGUCUUACAUCCCAAGAGGUACACUGUACAAACAAUAACAAAUACACACUUAUUGCAUUAUACAUUAUGAAUAUGUGGCUGCUUUUCAAUCAACGUUAUCACUUCCUUUUAACACUUAGUGCUCACUCCACACAGCAACUAAUAUUAAUUCCCAGAUGGGAAAAUCCUUUUAGAUGUGAUGCUAAUUUGGCUCAAACCUUUUUAGAAAGUUACACCACAUAGACACACACACACAUACACUAAACACACGUAUACACAGAUGCACACACACAAUAAAUAUGCUAAUUGGUGAAA